AUCUACCUUCGAGUAUUGCCAGUGGCCAAGCAUAUGCUUUCUUGCCUAACCAGAGCGAGGUUUCCCAAUACCAGUUCCCCAUGGAGUUCGCCAGUUUGGUAAUGGUGAACACCUUGUCAACGAGGUCAUACAUCAAGUUGUCUCCUUUUGCCCCCUUUCGGACAGCAGUGGUACAAGUUUCGUUCUAUAAACCUCAUUGUGAGGAGCUGGCCGACAGUUUGGAUGGGGAAAAGGGGUCACUGACGCCCAUACUGUGUGACGUCAGAAAGGAAGAGCAGAUUCAAGCCAUGUUCGAACAGAUCCGGUCACAACUCGGGGGUGUGGACGUUUGUGUGAACAGCGCGGGCCUUAGCCAUGACGCCCCUCUGUUGACGGGUGCCACUGAACAGUGGAGAAAUAUGAUGGAGGUAAACGUGCUGGGACUGUGCGUGUGUACCCGGGAGGCUGUCAAGUCCAUGCAUGAGAGGGGUGUGGAUGAUGGCCACGUCAUACAGAUAAACAGUGGAGUAGGACACAAGCAGUAUGCGAAUAACCCAAGUGGACAUUUCUACAGUGCAACAAAGUUUGCUGUUACAUCUUUAGUCGAUGGCCUAAGGAAUGAGUUAUACGCCUCCAAAACCCAUAUCCGUGUCACAAGCAUCAGUCCUGGCCUUGUAGAGACCGAGUUUUCACACCGGAUGUUCACGCACAAACAAGAAGUCGCCGUGGCAAAAUACAGCCAAUUUGAGAAUCUGAAGCCAGAAGAUAUUGCGGACGGUGUGAUAUACGCACUCGGUGCUCCGAAACACGUGCAGGUCCAUGAAGUUAUGAUCAACCCAACGGAGCAGCCGUAAUAUUCGGUGUCCUCUUGAGGUUUUCGACUAAGUGUUCAUAGUUCGCCGAGUUAAAUGAACUCCAGCGAGACUUCUACAAAAAUGUAUCUAAGGAUAGUCUCAAUAUGACUGGGAAUGACUGUCUGUUUAAACUCAUGUCCCCUUAAGCAUUUAAAUACAGUGAGGGAACACACCCCAUGAUGCUACCUAUGGGUGCGGGCAGACCUUUAUAAACUCCUUAAAUUAUUUACAUUUCGCCCAGUCAUUGUGUCUUUUUUGUUUUUCAAAUGUUAUCAACUUUAUAUAAAAUAUAUCUUCCAUUUUGACUAUCAUAUACACGGUGCCUAUUUUAAAGUUUCUACAAUGUGUACAUAUUUCGCCCAGUGCAAUUAUUAAUAAACUUCCAAAAUUAA